GCGAGCUCGCACCAGCUCGCACGUGCGACUGCGCCCAUUCAAUUCCUAACGAGUUAAACGCUAGCCUCGCUCCGACUACGACGUCCUCGACUUCGCCCAUUUUUUCUUUCCUGCGACCGUCCGAGUCUCCUGAAGUUUUCUCCUCCGAGUUCCUCUGGAUUUUUGGCACGUUCCGUCGAGAGAUUGCCUAUAGCCUCUUCUUCGAGAUCAGAGGUCCAGGGGAGAGAGAAAUACCGAAGACCCUGAAGAGACAGGACCAAGAAGAGGAAGAGCCGCCACGUCACUGCUCCAGAAACGCAGCCGAGAGUCGCUCGCAUAAAUCGACGGAGACGUGGCUUAAUUGUACCGAGCCAAUCAAAUUUAAUAAGCAAGGAGGAAAGACGGAGAAUAACGUCAUCGACCCAAAAGCACGUUGAUUCGCGCCUAAAUCUGCAAGAGCCAUUUCCGAGUUUCGCGUUUCGAUCGACAACAAUAGGUCCUUUGUUGCUCGUCUAAGCAGUUCUGGUAUACUCGAAUCGAGAAGUGUCUGAAAUACCGAAAGAUAGGACGAAUUUGGCUCCCUUUGCCCGCCUUGUUAUCACUCCCGGCAGACAAGGAGUUAUCACAAACGGAUCCCGCGCGUCCUGUUGCGCUGAUAACGCGGCUCGUCCGCGGGUUUCGGCUCUUUUCUUCAGUCUCGACUGGCUCGAAAUUCUGCACAAGAUUGUCCUCGAGGGGCCGCAAAUGAAUCGAUCGGCUGUCGUCAUCGAUAUCGGGAAGAAACAUCGGCGAUAAGGAGUCGCCGGCCGCCCAUGGGGCUUCGCGGUGACGCGCGUCCACCCGACAGAGGACAAUAAACCAGCAGAAUGGGUCGCGACGCCGAUGUCAUCGGCAUUCUUCGGGAACUGGCGCAGUUCUUGGAGUCCUUGGGAGAUGCGAAUCUCCCGGCCAACCUCGAGGCCACCAGAGGAAACCUCCUCUCCAGGGCCAAGACGACUCUGGUGGCGGUGACGACCGGACCUUCCUCAUCUCCAGGACCCUAUCUCGACAUGAACCCUGGGAAAGGUCUCUCCCUAGUCGGAAGAACGGAAGACCUCGAGGAGUACGUGGGAGCCGAGGAGCCCCAGGUUCAAGCUCCUCAGGACUAUUACGAGACCUUCCAGGAACUGGACAAGUCCAGGCCGGAAUCCUUACAGGAGGACCCUGCUAAGGAGGAAUCCGAAAACUUGCUCCAGGAAAUCUACAUGAAUUUCCCAGCGGCUCAGACCAAGAGCAAGUGCCAGAAAUGUGGACCCCUGCAACGCAAAGAGGGAAAAAAGCUCUUCGUAUUUGAACAGUUCAGAGGCUGCUGGGUCGGGUUGGUGGGCUCUCAUCUCUUGAUUUAUGGAAAUGAACGAGAUAACAAGCCGUGCUCUGUCGUCCCUAUUCGAGGAUGCACCACAAGACCAGCUCCUUACAUCACUCCUCGAGACCCCAAAAGGGGUGAAUCCGCCUUCGAGAUCUUAUGUCCUGGCAACAAAACACUUCAGUUCAUCGCCAGGACUCCGAAGGACAUGGUGCAAUGGGUGAGCGUGACUUCUCAGAUGGCAGGGACCGAAACCGAAAAUAGGCAAAAGUUCUCAUUGCCUUCCGUCUCCUCCCCAUCCGGAGAAACCGCAGAAAAGGACUCUAGCAAGGAUACGACCUGCGGCAGCGAGAAGAACCAGGAGAUGGGAUCCGUCGUCCUUGACGAUAAAGGAGAGUCGAAGCGUCCUCCAGUAAAGGAUCGCCUGGAGGCGAAGGAGAAUCCUGAAAAAUCCGACAUUUCGAAGAAGAACGGACAAACUGAACCACCACCUCCCCUUCCUGCAAGGAUUCCCCGACGUCUGCCCGCGUUGCCCCAGGAAAGGGUCAGCACAUCCUACGACGUGAUGGAGGACGACGAGGACGAGAUAUACCAUAAAAUCGAGGACCUCCGGGAAUCGAAUUACCAGAAUUGCGCGGUAGGAGUUUCGGCAAAGAAGAAUAAAGCUGGGAUUAAAGCGAGGGAGUCCUCCUCCUCGCAGGAGGCUUCGCCUAAGAAAAAGGGUAAGAAAUCUAAGGAAAAGAAGAACAAGCCCCAAACUAACUCGGAGGACGUGGAACUUUACGACGACGUGCAAUCGGUCCUUCGGAGUAAGAAGUCGAAGAACGAGAGCCAGGAUAGAGUGCAACAGGUGGCUGCGAAAGCGGCCUCGAAGGAAAUAGGACCCGCUGAUCCUGUUUGCUCGACGACGCCAAAGAAAGAGGAUAAAGAGAAGCAGGAGGAAGGAAAGUCGAAAUCGCCCCAGAAGAGGUCCUUCCUGGACAGGGUGAGGAACAAACGCGACUCCCCGAAGAAGGAGGAGAAGAAGGAGAAGAGGAACGCCCCGGUCUCGGAGCCUGCCAACGAAUUGCCGAUUUAUGACGAUAUCAGCGAGAUAAAGAAUGCAAAGAAGGCCGUAGAACCUGAAGAAUUGCCGGAAUACAGUUUCCCUCCUCAUCCUAGGCCGGUUUAUUCUAACGGAGCUCAGGAGAACGUCGUCCUGCAGGAAGAGAUCUACGACGACGUGACGAACUUCCAGGAGGAGAGGAGGAAGCUCCUCAAGGACUCGGGCCCGAAGAGCGUGGAAUCCCUGAAAGCGAUGUUCCAAAAUGACGAGGAAAAGCGGGUCGAGGGUAUGAAAGAGGUGCUAGACAAGAUACCACCGAGGAUCGAGGCGAUGGAAGAGGAGAUCGAGCACUAUCAGACUCCUAGAGCGGACCUUGUUCCCGUUGUUGAAGGACUCUACGACGACGUUGCCCUCUUGGUAGACUUCACGGCUCGUCAGCGGGAGGUUGCCAAGGGUGCGAGUCCUGAAAAGGAAAAGAGACAUUGGAAUAGAUUCACCAGUGGGAAGAAGAAAUCGGAGGCUACGGGCAAUGAUUUGAGCAGAAAGGACGACUCGAAAAAGGACGUCGAAGGUGACAAAACGGGAGAACCUGAAGAGGGAUGCGCCACUGUUGACGAACAGCAACAGAUUCGUAUGAACACUUUCCAGAAAUUAAUUAGCAAAAUGGAGAGCUCUUUAGGGAAGCCACCAGUUAAGGCUGCUGCGAUGGAGCAGACCAGAGUACUUUCUCCGAACACCGUCUCAUAAUGAAUCUCAUUCUUGGACGAUCGUUUUAUGACUCGCGUCCAAGUCAAGUCAAACUUGCGAGAGCUGCUUUCAGACUGUUUUUUGUCGAUAGGAUACGCACAAGAAAUUUCGCUAGCUACUUGCUAGGGUAGAUUCAACUUGCGGUUCACUAUCAAUAAAUUUGCGCAAGUUCGCCUCCAAAAUCGUGGACACUACCGGGAAGAGUUGUUUGAAAGCAGCUCUCCCAAGUUUCACUUGCAGGUGGAUACGAGCAAAGGUGUAAUGACGUCUUCAAAGUGAUCCUUUGUAAUUCAUGGGAAU